CUAAAUUCGUCUCUUGGCCCUGCCCUGCUCUUUUCCCUAAUCAAUGGAUCCUUCAAUUUUCAAGCUCCUCGAAGAAGACGAGGAUGAAUCGAUGCACUCGGGAGCUGAUGUGGACGCGUUCCAGGCCGCUCUGAAUCGAGACAUUGAAGGUUCUACUUCACUUUCCACGAAUACUCCUCCUGGAAGCACCCAUUCUCCCAACCAACAGUUUACAACUACAUGGAAGGAUGGUAUAGGAGAUGCCAAUAUGAAUCUCCAGACACCGCAUAGCCUUGAAAGCACUCAGAUGAAGGAUCAACAAGGAUCGGCUUUAGACGGUCAACACCAACAUGAUUUACAACGUGCAAAUGAAUCUCAAUUGCAACACAACCAGCCUCAAGACCUUCAUCGACCAGGUCCGCUUUGGGAGAAUCCUUCGCAGGUUCCCCAAACAGCUGGGAUGCAGAUUUCUGAAAAGAAUCCUACUGCUAGUGAACCAGAAAGACCUCAUAAUCAAGAGACUGAAUCUCAGUUUUUAAAAAUGCAAAAGAUGAGUACUCAACAGGCUCGUGGAGUGGAACAGCCUGUUAAUCCUCUGAACCGAAACCCUAAGCAAGUUCCAUUUGCUGCUUUGCUUCCUACCUUAAUGGCCCAACUGGACAAAGACAGAGCGCUGCAGCUCCGUACCCUAUAUUCUAGACUUAAGAAAAAUGAAAUCCCCAAAGAGGGGUUCACACGACAUAUGAAGGAUAUUGUAGGCGAUCAGAUGCUUAGGUUAGCAGUUAGUAAACUACAGCAGGUGGGUUAUAACCAGGGAAAAAUGGGAGUUCAAGCUCCUUCUGAAAUCAGUAAUCAAAAAUCUCAGUCUGACCCUCGUGGAGUCGUCCACCUUAACCAAUUACCUUCGUCAACAGGCAGUUCAGUUCCUGUCCAGGGGCUUACCAAACAUCCGCCGCACCAGAUGCAGCUUCCACCAAGCUCUUUUCCCAUGUAUACCAGCUCCGGUAAUUUUCACUCAUUCCCCGGUUCAAACACCAAUGUUUCUGGUUCCCCAUUGAGACCACACCUUCAUGAUCCCCAUAUGAGACAUGUGACACAUAACCAGACCAUGGGAUCAUCUGGUCUUGGAGGACCGCCACAGUCUACGACAAACAUGAUGACUAUGCCCAAGUUUGAGAGGCCAACUUCUGUCAAUGAUCCUAGUAGGGUUCAAGGUGGUGCUACAUUGCAUUUCCAGAACAGCUCAUCGUUGCCUCUAAAUGCUGCACCUACUCAAGGUUCAUCAAUGUCCCAUGUGAAGCAGGAAUCAGUUGAUCAAAGUUUUGAACAGAAGAAUGCAGCCUCAGGGACUUCGAAGGAGGAUUUAGAGAAGGAGUCCUCUAGAAACAUGGGGCAUGCAAGCUCUGUUUCUCCUUCCAUCACAACUCAACUGAACGCUAGCACAGCAAUGAAUUCUCGUGGUCAAUUGGGUACGUCCCAAGCAGGAGUUAAUGCUAGGAUGCCACCCAAAAAACCUUUUGUUGGUCAGAAGAAACCUCUUGAAACAUUAGGUUCUUCAUCGCCACCACCAAGCAAGAAGCAAAAAGUGGUACCAAAUUCUAUGGAUCAAAGUAUUGAACAGCUCAAUGAUGUCACUGCAGUCAGUGGUGUUAAUCUCAGGGAAGAGGAAGAACAAUUGUUCUCCGGGGGAAAGGAGGAUGGUCGGGUUUCUGAAGCAUCUCGGAGGGUUGUGCACGAAGAGGAAGAAAGAUUGAUUCUGCAGAAAAUUCCUCUGCAGAAAAAGCUGGCGGAAAUUAUGGCGAAAGUCGGUUUGAAGCAGAUAAGCAAUGAUGUUGAACGGUGCUUGUCUUUGUGUGUGGAAGAAAGGAUGCGAGGACUACUAUCUCAUAUCAUACGGUUGUCAAAGCAGCGAGUUGAUACUGAGAAAUCUAGACACCGGACCGUUAUCACGUCAGAUGUUCGGCAACAAAUCAACGAAAUGAACCAGAAAGUGAAAGAGGAAUGGGAGAAGAAACAGGCUGAAGCAGAAAAGCUUAAGAAACCGAGUGAGAGUGAAGAAGGUGAUGGUGGAGUUGAUAGUGAGAAGGAGAAAGAUGAUAACCGUUCAAAGGGUUUGAAGGGAAAUAAAGAGGACGACGACAAAAUGAGAACGACAGCUGCAAACGUUGCUGCUCGUGCUGCUGUCGGAGGAGAUGAUACGUUUUUAAAAUGGCAAUUAAUGGCGGAAGCUCGUCAGAAAUCGGUAUCUGACGCUGGUAAAGAAGGGACUCAGAAAGCUACUUCAAGUGGAGGAAGAAACUCGAAGGACAAGCAAGACGGUGGACGACGGUUUACUGGAGCCGGUGGUCGAAGAUUAGGGAAGAACCAAGGUUCGUCGCUUCAACCAAAAGUGGUGAGGACAAUCUCGGUGAAGGAUGUAGUUGCUGUCCUGGAAAGAGAGCCUCAGAUGUCUAAAUCUAUUCUAAUGUAUCGAUUACUUCAAUAG